CAUGAUUUAGAAUUCAUCAAACAGCUGAUUUAUUUUUAUUAGGGAGCACGUGUUUAUAAGACGAACAAUAAAAACCGAUCAUUGUUUUUAAUACUGCAGUCAGUGUGAUAAUAUUGUGCUUUCAAUGAGAUACUAAUAGAGCUUAUAAAAAUAAAAGUAUAUUUUAGACAUGAUUUAAAAUUUUAUUAUAUAUAGUAUAAAAUUUCCAUAGAAUUUGAAAGGAGAAAAAAUGGCUGACCGUGAUAGCGCAUCCGAAAGUGAUUCAAGUUCAAUUGACGGCGGUCCAAUUAUGAUGCCUCCGUCUCCAAUAACUCGUGAGCAACUUCAAAAAAGAAUAGAAUCACUUCAGCAACAAAAUCGCGUAUUAAAAGUCGAAUUAGACACAUACAAGCUUAGGGUGAAAGCCUUGCAGGAAGAAAAUCGCAGCCUACGACAAGCUUCUGUCAUUAUACAAGCUAAAGCUGAACAGGAGGAGGAGUUCAUAAGCAAUACCUUAUUGAAAAAAAUACAAGCUCUGAAAAAAGAAAAAGAGACAUUGGCUCAUCAUUAUGAACAAGAAGAAGAGUGUCUAACGAAUGAUUUGUCACGUAAAUUAAAUCAAUUGCGACAAGAGAAAUGUCGCUUAGAGCAGACUUUGGAACAAGAGCAGGAAUGUCUUGUUAACAAACUUAUGAGAAAAAUUGAGAAAUUAGAAGCUGAAACUCUUGCUAAGCAAAAUAAUUUGGAACAACUGCGCAGAGAGAAAGUGGAACUGGAAAAUACAUUGGAGCAAGAACAAGAAGCUCUAGUCAAUAAAUUAUGGAAACGAAUGGACAAGCUUGAAGCUGAGAAAAGAAUGCUUCAAAUUAAACUAGAUCAGCCGGUGUCGGAUCCAACUUCUCCGAGAGAAAUUAACAACGGUGAUACUGCUACAAAUCUAAGCACACACAUACAAACCCUAAGAAGCGAAGUGGUCAGAUUGAGGCACAAUCUUUUGAUCUCUCAACAAGAGCACACAGAAAAAAUGCAGCGUUAUGUAAAUGAAGAAAAACAAAUUCGAGAAGAGAAUCUAAGGCUCCAAAGGAAACUGCAACUUGAAGUGGAACGACGUGAAGCGUUAUGUAGACAUUUAUCUGAAUCAGAAUCAAGCUUGGAGAUGGAAGAAGAACGUCAUUACAAUGAAAUUGUCAUGUCAGGUGGAAGUAUAAGAAGUCGAAAUGUGUCAAGUCCAGUGCCCUAUAAUGCAUCUCCAAGUUCUUCAAGACCUCUUAGUCCAGGUAUAAAUGCAAUGACUUCAACUUCUCGAGAAACUGGUAACAUAAAUCGGUGUUAUGCUUGCGGUCAAUCUGUUAAUCUUCCAUUUGCAAGUUCAUCUCCUCCUUCAGGUAGUCACAUAAUAGCGCCUUCCAGCAGGCGUGCUUCUGAUCGAUUUGUCAAACCAGCGAUUCCACCUACUAUUGUUAGCCCAGGAAGUUCAUCAUCAGCUAAUAUUAUUCAGGCAAAUACAUCGAGUGGAUGUCCCAUGGAUAUUUCUAAAAUCUAAACUAACAAUUAGUAAUUAAUGUUACGAUUUAAUAUAAUUAUUUUAUAUGGUGUAGAGAGCGAACGAAAACAAUUUUCAUUUUUUCGCUAAAGCUGAAAUUAUUUUUAUUAAUACAUUAAGGGCUAUAUCCGAAGAUGUACUGUGACAUGAGCUAGUUCACAUGCAUGUCUUCUAACGUUUAACGGAAAGAACUUGUCAUGUUAGCGGAGUUCGAGUUGCUUUAAAGUUUCUCUCGUCCAAUUUCUAAUAAUGUCUACGUGUAUCCACAGUUGAAAAGGUGCAAAUACACAACACAUGCACAUACCAACAUGGUACUUACUUUAUUAGGAAAAAUUUCAUUUCCGACGAGGAUAAAUAUUCAGAUAUAAGCAAUUAAUUUGUUUUGACAACAGUGUAACUAAAUGAUCGGUUUAUAAUAUAUGACUGCGUGCAGAUUCCCUCUUUUAAAGAAAAUUGUCACUAAAAGUGUUAUUUAAAAAAAAGUACCAUGUGAGGGGUUGUUCACAUUCUACGUCUCCUUAUUUUAUAACCUCUAACCUCUCAACAUUAAGUUUCUUAAAUAUCAAUUGCCAAUUUUCUAAUGUUCAUCACAGACGUAGUUUGUAAAUUACCUCUAAAUUAUUUCUUAUUCUUCAUGAUUAUUAGAAUUGAUGCUGAUUUUGAUGAUGGUAAAAUAAUAAUAAUAAUGAAUAAUAAUAUUAAUAAACAGUAUUUAUGUAAAAUUUAAAUAAGUUUUAUUCUUUUGAUUGAUAUUAUGUAAUUCGAUGCUAAAAAAUAAGGUUUGGAAAAAUAGUGUAUUGUGUUGAUAUACUGUUGAAAAUAUUGAUGAAGGCAUUAUUUAAACUUUAAAUAAUACACUAAAAGACGGUUAUUGUACACGAAAAGAGCCAUUUGAUACUAUGAUUUUUAUACGAUAUUUUUAAUAUCAUCCUUGAUUCUGUCUUUAUAUCAACAGAUACUACGACUCGAUAUUAAUUUGCAUUUACAUCAUAGUACCUCUUUUCAGUUUUAUUCACAUUACACAUUUUUUCAUUUAAGUGUUCAACUAUAUUCGUCUUCUAUUUGAAAAAAGUUUCAGUAAACGUGUAUUUUCAAUUAGAACUGAUAACUAAUAAAAUGUAUUAUUUUUAAAAUUAAAAUCAACAUUUAAUUUA